CAGAUAGCAGCAAUCCAAAUACUGAACAAAAGGGCUCCUGGGACUCGGAGAACUUCUGGCUUGAUCCUUCCGUGAAAGGCCCACUGGAGACCAAGGAAGAGGAUAAUGGAAUUCGGAAAUCCCUGGACAAAUUCUAUGAAGCAUUCGGUCACCCAGUGCUGGGAUCUGGGGACCGGCUCUCUGUAUCUGUCUGCCAGUGCCUGUCUCAGAAAAUCACUGAACUCAGGGACCAGGAGAGCCAAAAGUAUGCUCGCCUCAGUUUCCAGAUGGCCAGAGUCAUCUUCAGUCGUGAUGGCUGCUCUGUUUUACGAAGGCGUUCCAGGAACACCUGCUUCUACCCUCUGGAGCAAGGAGGCAGCUCUGUGGAAAAUGAAAAGCUGACCCCAGGACUUUCAAGAGAGAUUAUUCAUUUCCUCUUGCAGCAGCCAGUGAUGAAAGACUUCUAACUGGUGCUGGAGCACAUGAACUUCACCUGCAUUACUUUAGCGUGCCGUAUGGAUGUAAUAAGACAGCAUGUGAUUUGGAUGUCUCACAGACCAACCAAAAGAACAUGAACUCUGUUCACCAUGCCUAGCAUACCCCAUCCAGAAAACAGCAGUGCUCAACCAUUUCAGUUUAUCAGACAAGAUGCACAAACAUGUUCUUAUGCUUUGGAGAUGUACG